GGACGCCAGCGCCAAGCAUAUCGACCCCUAAGAUCAGCAGGGAACAGUCAAUCGUUCGAGCGUUCAGUGGAUUUACCCAACUUCUCCCCUCUCACGCACACAACCAUGUGCGUCAUUGAGAAGAGGACCUAUGACCACGGCGACGAUCGUCGAGAGGUCGUUGAGACAUCGCAUCCCUGCUCUCAUGCUGUUGGGAGCCGACUAUGUAGCCGUGUCAAGAUACGUCACACCGAGCAAGCCACUCUGGUUGAACACCGUCCGUCUCUAGACCGAUCAGCCGAGGACGCCAUACUCAUCACGCAAGGCACCAGCGGUCGAAAGACUGUCUAUCGCGACCUCUCUAAGAAGAAGACUAAGCGGCACCAUAGUCGAAGAAGUGACGCUGGUCAUUGGCGGACUACCAGCAACGAUCCAUCGCCAUCGUCGUCGACAUCACCCUACAGGUAUGGUGAGAUCAUGCCAGAAGCACCUUCUCCGCCCCCAAUAACAAGCAUUCGUCGACCGGAGAAUCUGAGUCAUCCUGACGCAAGGGGUGACCGGACAGUGGCACCUAAUGGCACAGCAAUCUACGACAGAGUGCCAUCGAUGGAGCUACCUAGAGCUGCCAACAACGAGCGCCGGACUAGGAUUGUGCAACCCAGCAUGUCUCGACGUUCUUCCAUAUCGAGCACGACGGCUGUGCUAGACAAUGGCGCACCACUUCAGCCAAUCGAGCCAGGUCGUCGUCCAAGUAUAAGAAUUCGGACUUCCAUGCAACCACCUCUGGCUUCGUCUCCGACUACGUCAUCUCCAGGUCUUAGCAAGCCGCCGAGGCUGAGUACACGCCGUCGUGACUCAGGCAGUGAGGUUCCGAAACCGCCAUCACGUCAUAACAGUGACGAGGAUGACCGUAGACGUCGAUUGGCAGAGAACGAAAUGCAGCAGGCUCGACUGGAACGGGAGAGGCUGGCAGAGACUGAGCGACGUCAGCAAGCCAGGGAUGAUAGUGCCUCCCGUGAACGACAUCGCGCGGAAGCCGCCGCCGCCUUAGAGGGUGGUCGUGCCAGGGACGAACAGCAGCGAUCGCGGGAACGUAAAGACGCCGAACGCAUGGCUGAUCUCAAGGCGGAGUGGGCACAAGUUGAUCGUGAGCGCGAGGAGAAUGAAGCGCGGAGACGACACGACGAGCGGGCAUAUGAUCGCCUGAGGCAAGAUGCUGAAGCAAGGGCUCGGCGCCGUGCUGCACGGGGCAGUCCGAUAAGCCCGAUACUGGACUUUGCAUCAGACAGCACGUCUCCGCUGUCGCCAAGACUAUCGCGAACAACAGCGUACCCGACCACGGUCACAGUACAUCAGGAACGGCCACCCACGAGAAGGCAUAGCUCACUCCAGGAGAGGGGUGAAGAGGUCAUUGCAAGGGAGCAGCGGCGCAUGGAAAUGGAGGAUAGGGCGCAGUUGGCCAGCAGCCGGCUAAGUACGAUUGUCGGCGGAUUGUCGCUUGACGAUGAUGAUGAGUACCGGACUGUGGAGGCCGAUGACUUCUACACUGCAGAUAUCAGGGAGGCGAAAGACCAAAGGCGGCGGCGGAAAGAGGCUGAGAGGGCUGAGCGGAAAGGGUGGGUCUGAAGGUAAGCGUGUUUCUUGCUCGCUAUUGUAUCGUUAGCUUCACCCUGCGUGGGAGAGCUUGUUAUCUAUUCCAUAAAUCUCGGUGCAAUGGUUGGGUUAGAGGACAAAGCCGCUUGCUCACGAGUUGUCGUCCGACCCGAUCGGCAAGCGGACGGGCUGCGAAGCCUCGGGGAAAUGUUGGCCGAGGUUUGUGACCUUCGUCGAAAUGCUGUGCUUCAAUUACUAGGUAACUGCAUUCUGCACGACACUAACACACGGAUCU